UGAUGACGCAUCCUGACGCUGACUCCGAAGUUCCUAUGCUACUGGCGAAAGCCUGAGAAAAUUCUGUUCCCCUCUUCUUGCAGCUUUGAGCUUGGGGUUUGUCUGUCCCAUGGGGAACUCAAGCAGAAAUUAUGAAUAUGACCUGUUUCCCAGACCAUUCCGUGCUAAGUGGUCUUGUAGCUGUCCUCUUCCUUCAGCUGCUCACGAGGAUCUCAGCUCAUUUUACUGUAGUUGCACAUGCUGAACCUCCCCUGACCACGAUAGGGGAAGAUGCCACGUUACAUUGUCACCUCUUCCCCAAGAAAAGUGCUGAGCGAAUGGAGAUAAGGUGGUUCCGUUCUCAGUUCUUUCCAGCUGUUUACGUGUAUAAAGAUGGGAAAGAAAGAGAUGAAGAACAGAUGGAAGAAUAUCGAGGAAGAACAACAUUUGUGAGAGAUAAUAUCAGAGAUGGAAAUGUUGCUCUGAAAAUACACAAUGUCACAGCUUUUGAAAAUGGAAGGUAUCACUGCUAUUUUCAAGAAGGCAGAUCAUAUGAAGAGGCCUUUAUGGACUUGAAAGUCGCAAGUAUGGGCUCAGAUCCCUUCAUUAAAAUUGUAGGUUAUGAAUAUGGAUGGAUACAACUAGAAUGUACAUCAGCUGGAUGGUACCCACAGCCUUGGGUAGAGUGGAGAAAUCUUGUAGAAGAGACGAUUCCAUCCUUGGAGGAAAGUCUGGCUCCCAGUGAAGAUGGGCUGUUUGUUGUGACGUUGUCUGUGAUUAUCACAGAUCCCACAGUGGUUAGUGUGUUCUGUUCCAUACAAAACCUCCUUCUCAGCCAGGAGUUGUUGACAAUGAUUUCUAUACCAGAAGCUGUUUGGGUCUCGACUUCCAUGCCCUCUGAGAGCCCUUCCGAGCUUCCAGACCCAAGAACUCCUGGACCUGAAAAGGUCUCAACCUGGAUGGUUGUUCUCACUGUGGCCUUGUCUGCUCUUGGACUUUUUAUUGCUUUUAGUAUUUAUUUUAUGUGGAAACAACACAGGAGGAGAAAGACACUAUUUAUAGAAAAAGAAAUUGAAUGUGAAGAAAAAGAGAAAGAAUUUGAUAAAAAGGGGCAAGAACAUAUGGGAAAAGAAAGAGAAUGCAACCUGACAGGAUGGAGAAGGACCCAGUUACAUGCUGCUGAUGUGACUCUGGAUCAAAACACAGCUCAUCCUGAACUCUACCUCUCUUUGGAUUUGAGGAGUGUGAUGCGAGGGGACACACGGCAAGAUCUGCCUGAUAAUCCAGAGAGAUUUGACUGUAGACCCUGUGUUCUUGGCCGUGAGAGCUUCACCUCAGGGAGACAUUACUGGGAAGUGGAGGUAGCAGAUGUCAUGGUGUGGGCCCUUGGAGUCUGCAGAGAAAAUUCUGAGCGAAAGGGGGAGGCUCUUCUGAUACCCCAAAAUGGAUUCUGGGUUAUUGAGUUGUUUGGAAAUAGAUACCAGGCCCUUACCUCUCCUGAUAUUCUCCUCCCUUUGCCUGAGCACCUCGACCGAGUGGGAAUUUUCUUGGACUAUGAGGCUGGAGAUGUCUCUUUCUACAAUAUGAUUGACAGAUCCCAUAUCUAUACUUGCCCUCGAACCUCUUUCUCCGGACCAGUCAGGCCUUUCUUCAGGCUUGGGUCUGAUGACAACCCUUUGGUCAUUUGCCCAGCAUUCACUGGAGCUGAGGGAGUCACUGUCCCCGAGAGUGGCCUAAUCCUUUAUAGGAAACCCUACUGACCCCUUGAUGAGGGGUGGAAGGACCACCUUCAGGCUCUGAGCUUCAGUUGCCUACUGGAGAUAGAAGUUACUUUAUCAUACGGCUUUUAAAUUUGAUCAGUUCUUUAAAGAAAGAUUCACUUUCUUCUCUCCUCCCCACUCUGUCUCCUCCCUGGGCAAUAAAUGCCUACAUAAUCUAACUCCUUUCCUGUUCCUCAUGGGGCGAGCAGGCUUGGUACCACUAUGGUUCAGCUGACACAAAAGAGAUUUCCUAGCUGGGCAAGUAGAAAUGUUGGAGAGGAGGGAUAGUGAAGGGAAGAGGAGGCAAACUUUAAACUUGAUGUACUGGGAUGGGGAUUGAAAGGAUAUGAAGAAAGGACAAUGAGAGCUUGGGCUCUGGAUGAAACAUGAGUGAUUGACAGUAAAAAAGAGAUGAAGGAACCUCUUAGGGAUAAGGAAAGGGGAAAGAUUACAAGCUUAGGUCAGAUAUUUUGGGUAUAGGAAUAAGAAUCUUGGAAAGGGGAAAGAAGCUAGUAAAGAUGUGAAUCAACAUUGUCAGCUAUGAUUCAGGAAAGGAGAAUUAUUCUCUGGAACCAUCCUUUAAAAAAAAAAACAACCUUAAUUUGAUCCUGUAACCCUCUUAAGCAAGGGUCUUUAACCUGGCUCCAAAGGAUCCAUGGAUAGAUUUCAGGCAGUCCAUGAACUUGAAUGGGAAAAAAAAAUACAUCUUUUGUUUCAAUAUAAU